AUGGCCUCGACUGCAACAAGCGACGAACUUGAGGAUGCACUGCAACAUUUCCAGAAAACCCUGACAGCAGAACAGAAGAAUCAGUUGAAGGCGAUCAAUGCCAUACCCGAUGCUGAUGCUGUCGUUUCCUUUACUACAGAGCUUGAUAACAGAAAUGCGGAACGCCGAAGCCGCGGUGUCGCAACGCGCUUACAUAGGUUUCUCGAAUCGAUUCAACAAUUCUCUACCAUUGUAGACACGUUUGUCUCGUCAAAACCCAGUGUGGCAGCUCUUGUGUGGGGAAGUAUCAAGUUUGCGCUUCUUGCUGCAGCGAACUUCUCUUCAUAUUUCGACAAAAUUUCAGCGCUACUGAUGCGUAUCGGCAAGCAUUGUCCGCGAUUUACAGAAUAUCAGUUGCUCUAUGGGACCUCUGUCGGGCUGCGGACAGCGCUUUGCAGCUUCUACGCAACUAUCGUCGCUUUCUGUCGACACGCAGUUGUGGUAUUCCAAAGAUCAGGUUUCUUGCAUCUUGCGAAAAGUUUUCUCAACUCAUUUGAGGCGGACUUUGGCCCAUUUGAAAGCCAGAUCGAUAGCAAAAGCAAAGACGUCAAGGAAGAGAUCCGGCUUGCCUCUAUCAAAGCUGCCUAUCAAGAUCAACAGCUCCAAGUCAUUGAGAGAAAAGAGCAAUCCAUAUCUAGAAAGAUGCUCAGAUUGUUCUCUUCAAAAAGAUGGAUAUUGCUGCUGAAGAAGGCCGGGAGUGGAGACUAG